GUCCGGGAGGCAGGAGCCCCUCAUCCAUCAAUAACCAUAACCUCACCUUCCGCACUCAGCUUCGCCAUUGAUCUUGCCUCUAGCUCUAGACAUGCAGCAUGAUCCCAUCAUCCAGCAACGACCGCUCAACGCAGCGACGCAAGUGCGAGGUCGAACCGCUGGGCAACCUCCACCGUACAUCACACUUCACUUACCAUCAAUCACGGUCGACACGGUACCUGCAGACUCUGCGCUUCAGGCUGCGCAAAUCUUCUCGCCACAUCAUUCAUCGAACUCUCAAUCUGUCCACCGUCAAAUAUACGGCUACAACCUGCCUAUAUCAGGUAGUCCACAUCCAGUCAUGCCACCUCACGGCAACAACCCGGGCGGGAAUCCCAACAGCGCUCACGGCGUAAACUCUAACAGCUCUCCCCACUCAGUGUUUAUGCAAAGCAAUCCUCAUGGCUCGUCUCCAUACAUCUUGACCCCUGCGUUCGCGCAAAACCAUCAUGAACCGCCUCCCAGUGCCGCAAUCAACUCCCCGCGCAAAAGACAUGACAGUGCCCACAACACAGCGACACCGGCAUGCGGCAACUUCUAUUCGCCAUCCAACACGCGAACCAGGUCCGAAGGCUCAUUUCUAGACGCGUUACCCUUUGCCUCGCUCCCGGCCGCGCAAACACAAAGCCGUCUUCCUCCCAACACAGUGGCCCGGCUCACCAAAGGUAUUCAAAUCGAAACCCAAGAACACAAAGCUGCGCCACCACUCCAGUACCCCAAGCCGUGCACCCGCGUCGCCUACAACAGCUCGGAAAUCUCCAAAAGACGUUCCACCCCGAUUGAAGCAAACUGCGUCUACCACACCCCUGCCGGCUAG